AUUUCAUCAUCCAUACUUGCGCCUUUUGUUUUGUCGUGUUUUAUUUUGACACGUGCACGUUGGCGAAAAAGAACGAUCAAGAAGAACAGGAAGAAGAACACCCACCAAACCAAUGCCAGACCGCCUCUCACCCAAGCUCUCCAGCCUGUCCUCGAGCAGCACGACACCUCCCUUCUUCCCCAGCAGAGGAGCGGCGAAUGGCGUGGACAAGCGGCCCAUUUUGUCUCUGCAACCCGACGACGAAGAGGACGACGAACAAGACGACGACGCUCAGAACAGCGACCAAACAACAACAACAACAACACACGUCGCUCAGAUUCCCUUCGACACCCCGACAACCAUCUCACCGCCGCCGCCGCGUCUGCCGCUGCUGCCAGACCAUGUCGUAAUUCCAAUCACGCAUUCGACGCCGAGCUUCACGCCGUCCAGCUUUGGAGGUCCGAUGGACAGUGCUCUUAUGCGAUCCAUGUCGCAAGUCUCAGCAGCAGACCAAGCAACGUUCAACAUGGCGACGAUGGACACGCGCAGACUAACAACGGGUCAGUCCCAGUCAAUACACAAGCAGCAGCAGCAACAGCAACCGGCGGCGGCGCGGUCCGAUUUGAAGCAGGGCGGCUGGCGUGGCGAGCGCGGCGAUGUGAAUGACGACGGCGACCACGACGACGAUGACGACCCCGAGCACCACCGCCGCGCACCUCCUCGUCAUUCAGCUGCGAAUGGUCAGUCAGAGCGUGGAUAUGACCUCCAGCAGGAGAGUGACAAUGAGCAGGACAAGGACAAUCCAUGGAGCGGUGCGCGACCGCGGCCUCAGCGAAAGUGCUCGCGGAUCAACCUGGCGUUGACUGUCGCGGGCGCAGCGCUGCUCUGUGCUGGUCUGGCACUUGGCUUGGGUGUGCUGCUCAAGUCGCCCACAGACCCGGAUGGCACCAUGCAACGGGUGGGCGUUGCGUCGUCCGCUCUUACUGCCUCAGCGCAGCCAACUGAGACGGGCAAUCCCAGCGUCCCGCAAGACCCGACGCUGGCCAUCAAUGCGCUCUUCCGGCAACAGUAUGCUGCUGUCAAAAAGAGCGUGCUUGUGCUAGACCGCUCGCCGGUUAUUCUUGUCAAUGGAGCCUAUCUGACGUGCAUGCAGCACGGCCAGCUCGGCGAUGCGGGCGCACAACGCAAGGUGUACUGUCAAACGCCCCUGUACCAUCUGCUUAAGCGUGUUGCGCAUGUGCCGUUGGCCAUUUACACGACAUUCAUUGGCGAGGUGUUUCAAGACGCCCUUUCAUCCUCAGCCAUCGCAGCAGCCAACACAAUGCUCAGUCUGAUUGCGAGGACCAACCAAGCCCUUGCUCAAAACUCUUCGGAUGCCGCAUUCCCAGGCUAUGCCAAUCUCACCGCCACACAGCAAGCGCGCCAAGCGGAGCUUUUGGCUACCUCACAGAUUGUGUUGCAAGCAGCGCUGGCAAACAACCGCAUCGGUCCGGACGAGCUCGAGUCGUUCGCGGCAGGCGUGUCAGCCGCCUUGUCGUUGAAUGUGCACGAUGCUGCCUAUGAAACACUGAAUGCCAUUCAUGCCGCGGUGCUGCAGUGCCAAACCGAGUUUGGCAUCUCGCCCGCGGACUGGGCAAAUGCGCGUGGAAUUGUCAACGGCCCGCACAUGCCCAAGCGCGACAAUCUCGUCUACCAGUACCUCCGUGCCGCGUUGAGCGAUUCGUCCACCGUCGAGGAGGACCACGACGACAGCGAUAGCAGUGCGCCCCACAACGCGAGCACGCCGCGAGUUUUCUAUGCCACCAACAUGGCUACCGAUGCCGCAAUGAUGGAUUUGAUUGCCACGCACGACCUGGACUUUGACCUUGGAGGCUCGUUCUUUGGAAAUCCAGAGGUCAUGCACCGCGACAUUCUUGCCAACGCCACGGAAGAGUAUCUUGCGCAGUUAGUCGCCUCAGGGGAAUUGCCUUUAACAGCGUCCAAAGCCAAGCGUGAUCUCUCAGCCAAGCAGCACACUCGGCGAGACAGAGUCGCGCAAGUCGAGCCACCAGCGGUUGAGGGAGACAUGAAGCACCUGUCGCUCGUACAGAGGCUGCUUCUUGAGCGCCGAAAACGCGACGAGCCGGGCAUGGCUGAGCGCAUCAAGAAUCUCUUCCGUCCACGCUCACGCGGAAGCUGUCCGUUCCAUCCUUGAUACGAGUGGUGGUGCCGAGUCCGUUGGAGUGCGACCGUCGACGGGUUGGUUGAAAAUGGUGUGUUAGUUCAAGUUAUUUGUUUUUUUGUUGCGGACUGGUGCGUUUGUUCAAACCGCGUAC